AUGGCAUUAUUGGAUCCCCAGAAUGAAAGUGUCUCGGUGAUGCCGACACACGAGAAUGAAGUCGAAAUAGUGUCGCAAAGUGAAGAGCAACAACCUCUAUUGGGGUCGGAUCAAGUUCCCGCGACUUGGAGCCCGCCGCCAGGGUUUUUACUGAUCCAAAUCGCGAUCAUGGCCAAUGUAUUUCUUGGCGGGUUUGACGGCACCAUCACUGCCUCGACCUAUGCUGUGAUCAGCUCCGAAUUCAACGCCGCGAACACUGCUUCGUGGCUAACCACCUCGUACUUGAUCACCAGCACAGCUUUCCAGCCUCUGUAUGGCCGAUUCUCGGAUCUACUCGGUCGACGGUCUUGUUUCUUCACUGCAACUAUCACCUUCAUGGUUGGUUGUCUAGGAUGUGCCGUGGCACGUGAUGUGGUCUUUUUAAACAUGAUGCGCGCUUUGACGGGCAUCGGUGGCGGGGGGUUGAUGACUAUGGCAACAAUCAUCAACUCGGAUCUCAUUCCCUUCCGCCAGCGUGGUAUGUACCAGGCAAUCCAGAACGUCUCGUAUGGCUUCGGAGGCAUCUGUGGUGCUUCUUUCGGAGGUGCCAUUGUUGACUCGAUCGGAUGGCGGUGGUGCUUCCUGCUACAGGUUCCAGUCUCCUUGUUUGCAUUGGUCAUGGGCUACAGAGUCUUGAGGUUCCCUCCACGCAACACCGAAACUUCCCCAGAUGGGCAGACUAAAGGAAUUUGGCAGCAGAUCGAUAUGCUAGGCGCUUGUGUGCUUAUUUUGGCUCUUUCGACUCAGCUGGUUGGACUCAGUCUGGGUGGCAAUAUCCUCCCUUGGACUUCCAUGUGGGUAGUUCUGCCAUUGGUCUCCAGUGUGGUAUUGCUGGGCGCAUUUGUCGCCGUUGAAGCGAAAACCACCGCCGCACCUUUGAUUCCAUUGAAGAUGCUACGAGGACAGCUCGCCGUAUCCACACAGAUCGCCAACGUUUGUGUCGGGAUGUCAGCAUACGCAUUCCUCUUUACUCUACCUCUCAUGUUCCAGGUGAUUCUCCUCGACUCGCCCAGCAAGGCUGGCACCCGACUGGUGGUUCCCUGUUUAUUCACCCCACUGGGCGGUCUCGCAGCGGGAAUCAUCAUGUCACGCUGGGGCAGACUGGCCUCCAUUGUGCGCGCCGGCGCAGCCCUAAUGUUCGUGGGCAAUCUGCUCGUCGCUCUCCUCCGAUUCAACGACUCGGAAUGGAAGUAUUUCGCCUUUGUCAUACCCGCCAACUUGGGUCAGGGAAUGGUGUAUCCGGGAAUCCUGUUCACAUUCUUAGCGGCCUUCGACCACGCCGAUCACGCCGUCUCCGCCUCGACCGUCUACCUCAUCCGCUCCCUUGGGACAGUUUGGGGCGUCGCAGUGACCUCCACUAUAAUGCAGAAUACACUUAACUCAGGCCUCGGGGAGGCCUUGAGUGGAAUACCCAAUAAAUGGAAAGUGAUUGAUGAGAUCCGCCACUCAGUCUCGGCUAUUUAUGAUCUCCCCCCGGAUGUGCAAAUGGCCGCUCGGCUGGUGUACUACCGCGGGAUCAGACUCUCCUUCAUGGCCUCCGCGCUCUUCGCGUUCAUUGCGACCGUCGCUUCGAUCUUCACCCGUGGAAAGGGUCUGGAGCGCGCGGGCAGCAAGUAA